UCUUGCUAAGCUGUUGCCCGACGGCUUGCCGCCCUUACAAUCUAGAUACUCGCAGCCCCCUGGUCUUCGAAGGGCUCAAUGGGACGUGGUUCGGCUAUUCGGUGCUGUUGCACAGCUUUGGCACCAGCCGGUGGCUUAUAGCUGGAGCCCCUAAAGCCAGCUGGCCCAGUAAUAGCUCUGUGGUGAAUCCAGGGGCAAUAUUCAGAUGCCAAAUUGGAAAUAAUCCUAAAAGAGAUUGUGAGAUUCUCCAAGUGGGUGAUCCAAAAGGCGAAAGGUGUGGAAAAACCUGCACUGAAGAAAGAGAUAAUCAGUGGUUGGGAGUGAGCCUAGCAAGGCAGCCAGGAGAAAAUGGUUCUAUUGUUGUCUGUGGGCACAGGUGGAAAAAUGUGUAUUAUAUUUCAGAACACAAACUUCCACAUGGCAUUUGUUACGAGGUACCUCCCAAUUUUCGAACCUUGUUAAGUCGAAGAAUAUGCCCUUGCUAUAAAGAUUUUUGGAGAAAAUAUGGAGAAAAAUAUGGAUCUUGUCAGGCUGGGAUAUCAACAUUUUACACUCAGGAUUUAAUUAUUAUGGGAGCCCCAGGAUCAGAUUAUUGGGCUGGUUCCAUCUUUGUGUACAAUAAAACAGCAAACAUAUUUAUCUCAUAUCUGGAUGUGAGUCAUCAGAUAAAGUAUGGAAGUUAUUUAGGUUAUUCUGUUGGAGCAGGUCACUUCCUUUCUGCAAGUAGUUCAGAAGUAAUUGGAGGUGCUCCCCAGCAGGAGCAGACUGGUAAAGUUUACAUUUUUAAAAUUGAACCCAAACAACUAUCAAUUUUAAGUGAAUUAAGGGGUAAAAAGUUUGGUUCUUACUUUGGAGCUACUGUUUGUGCGGUGGAUCUCAAUGGUGAUGGCCUUUCAGAUUUACUAGUUGGAGCACCCAUGUAUAGUAAAGUCAGAGAAGAAGGAAGGGUUUAUGUUUACCUGAACUCAGGUUCUGGAGCAAAGAUGAUGGAGCUACAGACAUCUCUAGCUGGAAGUGAUUUGUACGCAGCAAGGUUCGGAGAUUCCAUUGCCAAUUUAGGAGACAUUGAUAAUGAUGGCUUUGAAGAUGUAGCAGUUGGUGCUUUUUUGUCAGAUUCUGCUGUAUUACUGAGGACGAGGGCUGUAAUUAUUGUGGAAUCAUCCUUAAAACACCCCAACUCUGUAAACCAAACCAUACUGGACUGUGUGAGAAAUGGACAACCAGCUGUGUGCGUUAAUCUAAUGCUUUGUUUUAACUAUACUAGCCAAACCAUUCCAGGUUACAUAGUAUUGCUUUAUAAUCUAAGCCUGGAUAUUAAUAGAAGGCCAGAUACGGCAGCGAGGUUUUAUUUUUCCUCUAAUGGAACCUCCGAAGCCACCUCUGGAAGUGUCCGGAUCUAUGGCAAUAACAAUGUCACAUGCAGAACCCAUCAGGCAUUCAUGAGGAAAGAUGUAAGGGAUAUUCAGACUCCUAUACAUGUUGAAGCUACCUAUCACCUGGGGCACCAUGUUUUGAAGAAGAGAAAUGCUGAUGAACUCCAACCACUCCAGCCAGUACUUCAGCAACGGAAGGAGGAUAAUAUUGUGCGCCUUAUGAAAAGAAACCUUACCUUUCAGUGGGACAUGUAAAACAGUUGAUAUUAAAUAUCAGCUUGUACAAUGCCGGUGAUGAUGCUUAUCAGACCAGCCUUCAUAUCCAACUGCCUAAAGGUCUCUAUUUCACCAAACUUGUAGCACAGGAAGAAACACAGAUACAGUUACAAAUAUCAGAAAAGGAAAGUCGAGUGACAAUUAACUGUAACAUUGGAUAUUUAUACGUUGAUCAUCUUUCAAAGGUGGACAUUAGCUUUGUGUUGGAUUCAAGUUCACUCAGCAGAGCAGAAGAUGACUUGCACAUCCACAUUAAUGCAACUUGUGAAAAUGAAUUAGACCAUGACCUGCUGUCCGACAACAGUGUAGUUUUAGCUUUGGCUCAGAAACACGAAGUCGAACUGAACAUUUAUGGGUCUGUGUCUCCAGCAUCAUUUAUUUAUGGACCCAGUGAAGAAAAUUCACCAGUUUCUUGUAUGGAGGAGACAAUCAACACCACUUUCUAUGUCAGUAAUCCUGGAGUAAGUCUGGCUCCUGAUGUAAAUCUGCUGAUACAGAUACCCAAUUCUUUUCUACCAAGAGAUAACAAGCUCUUUAAUAUACUGGAUGUCAAGACCUCUGAUGGACAAUGUACCUAUGAAAGUCAUAGGAGAGACUGUACUUUACCAGAAGAACAGGGAAAUAUGGUGCAAGAUCUUAUUACGUUCCUCACAAAACUUGACAAUAGGCCACUGUUUUGUAUGAAGAAUGAUCAACUGUGUUUGCAAAUAUUUUGCAAAUUUGGAGACAUGGAGAGUGGAAAGGAAUCGACUGUUCACGUUCAUCUUGAGGCAACACCUUCACUAUUAAGCAUAGAAGAAGCUUCAGUGCUUACCUUUGAGAUAAAAGGAGAAGUUUCAGCAGAUCAAAAUCCCAGAGUUAUUGAACUCCACAAAAAAAAGCAAACCACUCAUGUCAUUUUGGAGGGACGUCAUAACCAGAAGACAAAACAGAGUGUCAGUGCCCUGCUUAUUGUAAUAGGUUCCCUAUUUGGACUUUUUUUGCUUUUGCUUCUUGUAUUAUUUUUAUGGAAGAUGGGAUUCUUCAAAAGAAAAUACAAACGUUUUCCUGAGGAAAAAAAUGGAAGUGAAAGUUUGGAGUUUUUUAAACAUAUUCACAAUGAUACCUCAGAGUAGGAAGUUUGGUAGAAGUUAAGAACUAUCUGCUACAAGAACUGUUAAGUCUUAAGCCCCCAUAUCAUAUGUGAAAGAAAUAGCCAUCAAAGUGGGCUUCCAAAAGCACAAAUCAUAGAAAACUCUGAAGGAUAUACAUUUUCAAGAGUUCUAAUCAAAAGGAAAGAAAAACUCAAAAUGCAAGAACAAGGAAACACUAGGAAUUGCUCCUUCCUUUUUAAAAAGUACUUGAGAAGGAGUUAAUCAUACUUGAAUUGCGAGUGUAUAACUUCGCUUCCCAAGGCAUUCCAGUGUUCAGGAGGAUGCUAAACUAGGCCAAUUUUAGCCUCCACACCAUGGAGAUCCAUGUUCCCCCCUUCUAGUUCCUAAAAUGAAACCUGUGACAUUGGGUUUUUUUUAGAUUUGCCAAUUUAGUGAAUGCUGAAUUUUUUUUAUUCUACUUGCUCCACCUUGCUCUGGAAAUACUGGGAAUAUCCAGAUAAGAAGAACAAUUCAAAACGCACUGAUGAUGUCUCCUCGGAUUGUGAUGAAACGUUUGCAACCAAAUCGCCAAGCUCGGAGCUCAAACCAACAGCCUAAUUACCAACCAGAGCUACUAAUACUCAAACACAUUUCAAGAAGAACUAUGCUUGUAUGUAGGAUCUCUCCAAUGAAAGGAGAGGCAAUUUUUUUGUAAAAGGGGAGCAACAUGCAAUCUUGGAUGUCCCCUCCAUUGUAUCUCUUCAGACAUACCAUGCAACUAACCCGGAAUAUUGGCACUCUAUUAGUAGGGACCCUACUAAGAGAAAAGGCAUCCUUGGCAGAGAAUGAGGGGUCAAGCCAUGGAGAGGAAGAAACUAACUUGGUUUUGAUCCAGUGGUGGGUUCCAGAUCCUGUUGCAACCGGUAUGGUUGUAACGGGACCUGGCGUCCGCUACAUGAAUGCGCGCAUGCAUCCUUACCUCUUGCAAUGCCUCCGCGAUGCUCCAGCUGCUUGGAGCAUCGCGUAGGCUCCGUGCGUAGAAGCGCUGAAGAGCUCAAAUACAGG